AUCUCCUCAAACCUCAAACUACUACAUCAUCAUCUCUCUAAUCUCUUCUUUUCACUUCUCUACCCCAGCAGCCCAGUCUCAAAAUCAUCCUAAAUUACGAGCACCAAACUCCUUCAUCUUGGGUUUUCAAUCGAUCAGGUUUUGUUGAGCUCACUUCAAUCCAAAGUUGCUUUAGUAUUACACAAAAGGUGUCGAGGUUUUGUUGAUCUCCAGACUUCAACCCAGAAAUUGCUCUAGUAUCAUUAAAAAGGUUGUGUUCAUCGCCACACUUCAACCAGAAUUGCUUAAGUAGUACUGAAAAAGUGUCCAGGAUGUUUAAAGCAACUCUGAACAAGACCAAGGAAAACAAUAAGCGUGCGUACCAGCCACCAACGCGUCCUCUAUCAUGCCCUCAACCUCAACCAACCAUACAACAGUCAUUGCUCACUCGAACUAGGGAGAGCCGGUCUGCAGGUGGAGUUGGCCAUUCUGUGCCUGUUUCAUCUCGACGACAUAUGAAGAAAACUUAUGGCAAUAUUCUACGGUUGGGAACUCAUGCUGCAACCAAUGCCACAAAGAAGAUAAAUCAAAUUCCGAUGGAUGAUGAGCAAUCCAGUCCAAAUGAGAACUGUCAUGAACCUGUGAAGAAGGCGCGUGGCAUUACAAAGAAUAAGUUAGGAACUCCUAGUGUGAUCAAUCCAAAACUAAAGAGAGUUCAAAUCCCAAUGGACAAUGAGGAGUGUAUUCCAAAUGAGAAUUCUAACCCUCCUUUAGAUCCAGAACCUGUAAAGAAGACCCGUGGCAUUACAGUAGGGUUGAAAGCUCAUGCUAUUGUUAGUGCGACCAAAAAGAGAAUUCCAAUCAAGAUGGACAAGGAUCAAAAGCUCCCUGAGACCAUUCAAGCCAAUGCUAUGUUUGUUAAUGAGAUUGGGUCAUUCACACGCAAAUUAGCUCCACUCAAAUUCAAAUGGUGGAGAAAAGUACCCAAGGAUGCCAAGAAUGACAUCAAAGAGGCUCUGACAACUAAUUUCGAGUUUGAUUGGACCGACCCGGAGCUGAGGCUAUUUGUGGAGAAGAAGAUGGCCAAGGCAUUUGGAUCUUGGAGAUCCAAGUUGCAUGGACAUUUUAAAAAGUAUGCUCAUGAUUUAGAAUAUGCUCGAGCACACCCACCCGGAGAAAAGCUCUUUGGUGAAAGAUCAAUAGAUGAAUGGGAGUGGCUUUGUGACGAGCUGUUCAUAGAUGAAACCUAUGUGAAACGAAGUCAAGUUAAUGCUGCAAAUCGAAAUCAGAAAGAGUAUAAUCAUUGUGGAGGUUCACGGCCUUACCAAAAACAUAUGGAAGCUGCACUUAAGAAAGGUAAAAAUGUGUCUUUUGUUGAGAAUUGGAGCACUAUGCAUCAACAUCAUGACGGUCAGUGGAUCAACGAAGCAGCUGAACAAACUGGGAAGAAAAUGUUAGCAGAAUUGAAUCAAACAAAGGAGAAGUUAGCUGAAGUCCUUGGGGCUGCCUCACUUGAUGAAAUAGAAGUUCCCGUCUCUAUGCAGUUGGAUAUCUUGGCAAAUGGCAUUGGGGUUGCAAAGGGUAGAGGCAUUCGCGGUCUGGGCUAUGGUCCACGGAAGGAACCCGUCCGUUAUUCUGAGAGUGAAAAAUCUGCAAAUGCUUCUGUGACAGAACAAAAGGUGAUUGAGCUGACAGCCACGGUGGAAAAGCUUUUGAGGCAUAUCAAUCACAUAGAAGAGCAACUUGCUACUGUUGAAGGGUAUACUAUUCAUCAUUCCAGUGAUGAUGAUGAUGAUGGUGAUUAUGAUGAUGGGGAUGAUGGAGAUGAUGAUGAUGUGAAUAUCUAUGGGGAUGAAGAAGAGGGUGCAGACUAGCUAUUAGGACCUUAAUGUUGUUUUCUGAUGGAACUUUAGUUUUAUAUUAUUAAACUAGAAAACUUGAUUUCGCUAGCUAUUGUCUAUGUAGAAGUGUAGAAACGCAAAACUCCCUUUCUCAGUUAUACGAUCUUUCAUUUAUUCAAUGCAAUUAAAUACAUUUU